AUUGCAAAUCUAACUAAUUCUAUUUCUCUUAAAUUCCCAAAAUAUCGCACUAAUUCUAUUUCUCUAAAAUUCCCAAAGUGUGUGAUAUUACCCUUCUUCAUCCAUUUCCAAUACCCUUCUCGUUACCUACACCUGUCAUACAAUUUCUCAAUUUGGAUUUGAGCCACCCCUUUACAUUUUCAGGUACCCAUUUUCCAGAUCUUCAUCAAUCAAUCAAUUAAUUUCAUUUUCGUUUCGUUUUCUAAAUCCUGGAUCUUGUGGAAGCCCUUUUCGGUUCCUAAUCUGCUACCCAGAGUAACACGAACAAGUAGUUAAGCAAGGUUGUUUUUGGUGUAGCAUCAUAAUUCUUGCGCUUUUGGCGUUAGAGAAUAAAACCCAAUUCUCAGAUUUCCACCUUUUCAUUUGGGUUUCCCUUAGACAUUAAGCCCCGUUGACCAAUGAAUGUGAUAAUGCUGGUUUUGUAGCGGGAAACUGAGGUUGGUGUGUACAAUUUUUGUGUAUAUUUUGGAAGAUAUGAGUAGGUCUCCUUCGUUUUCAGUGAGAACAGAAGUGAGCCCGAGUGUUGAUUCAGAAUCAUUGCAACGAUGGGUUGUUGCCUUUUGUGUUAUAAGGUUUGAUCUUGAACAAGGCCAGCUUGUGGAAGAGUGUUAUCCACAGGGUUGUCUUUCACACGAUGAGGAGCUUGAAAUUGCUUAUAGUUCCUUUCCUGAUUCCGUUUCACAGCACCAGAACCGAUCUAGCAUUCACGAUUGUAUCUUCUUUUUCCGAAUUCGCCGGUUUCUUACGAAGUCAUUAGAUGAAAAGAGUGUUGCUGAUAGUAGCAAUGCUUCCAAAUUCUUGUAUGGUUAUGUGUUCAAUAGGCAGAGACAGGAUGAGCGAUUAAAGCGAGGCGGGGAGCAGAAGUCUGUUGUUAUUUUGUCUUAUAAUCCUUAUUCAAGUGUGUUUAGACCUUUGUUGCAAAUUGUGGGCCCUUUGUUUUUUGACAUUGGCAAGAAAGCUUUGGAGCAUAUUGCUGCUUAUGUUUCUAAAUGGCCUGCUCCUGUUCCUGGUAAGGUGAUGGAUCUUCCUAUCGGAAAUGCAACACUUAAAGUGAAUUUGCCACCUGCUCACAGUUUGCCUUUGGAAGGUGAAGUUUUUUUUGAAGAGGGUGCUUCUUCUAUGACACCCUUUGUUCCAAAUAACCAGCCUGUCCCACAAGGUCUUUUUCAUGAUUCAGAUCUUUUUGGUUCGUUCCGAGGGAUUUUAUUGCAGCUUUGGCUGUUGUGGGAGUUGUUACUCAUUGGUGAACCUAUUCUCAUCAUUGCUCCCACACCUCCCCAGUGUUGUGAGGCCGUAGCUAGUCUUGUGAGUUUGGUUGCUCCAUUACUUUGCAGUGUUGAUUUCCGGCCUUACUUUACCAUUCAUGAUCCGGUCUUUGCACGCUUAAACUCAAUCCAAGAAGGUGAAGCUUUCCCACCAAUGAUUUUAGGGGUGACAAACCUUUUCUUCCUCAAAGCUCUGCGUAACAUCCCGCACAUUGUCUCAGUUGGAAGUCCUCCUCCUAAUUCAAACAGGCUUACUCUUACGAGUAGGUCCACUGGUAGAAUUUCUGGCAGACCAGAAGGUCUUGGGAUUCAACAACUUUCCUUAAAUAAGUUCUCUCCUUCGAAUUUAUUGAGUGCAGUUAGAUUGCGGAGAGAUGGUCCUCUUUGUCUCAUGACAGAACAUAAGGAGGCCAUUUGGAGUACCUAUUCUGCCACAACGAAGCCAGAUACUUCUAUCCUGAAUAGGCUUAUAGAUGCUGGGUUGUCACCUAGAGUUGAGGAGUCAAUGUCUGUUGUGAACAAUGAGAUACUACGGAGACACUUCUUGGAGCUCACUACUAACUUUUUGGCUCCUUUUAGCCCAUAUUUUAGGACAUCAAUACCAUCAGAAGGAUUUUCUCCUUAUAUAGACCCUCCUUCUCUACCUCCAUUCAAUGCUGAUGAAUUUCUUGCAAGUUUAUCAGCAAGAGGUCCAGGGAAGUUUAUAUUAAAGCGAAUGAGAUCUAAUUGGCUUGACUUGUACAGGCGAUUCCUACAUGGACCCAACUUUAUGCCAUGGUUUAAGAGGAGGCGUGCUAUUGCUGAACAGGAGCAAGGUAGAUUAUGGAGGCAAGCCAGAAUGAAAUCUGAUAUCCAACAGCUUAUUUCUAGACUGUCUGAAUUGGAAAUUGUGGAUUCAUUCAAUGUUAUAGAGAGACUUCUCCUCAGAGAAAUACAGCUGCAGCAAUCUGGAAGGGGUGGUGUUGAUUCCAUGGCAACCUGUCGAAAACUAAAGAUAGACCUUCAGGCUGUUUUCCACGUGCUUUCAAAGGACAUGCAGCAACUAUUGCUUUCAAAUCCUGAAAGGGCAUCUCUUCUUCAAGGAAGUCUGGAGUCACCAAAACUCCCAGGGCGUCCCCUCAUACAAGUUGCGGUUGUGUCUUCUACAUCACCCCGGUAACAGGAAAAACAUGAAACCAGUAUUCUUGAAUCUUUCUUGUGCUUCUGAGGGACAAAUUAGUUCCUGGUCUACUUCCAUCUUCAGAGAAGUUCUCUGAUUCAUGAUAAGUCAUGUGGGGUAAGACUCUUUGGUGCACAUGCUGAAAGCCUUUCAACUCACUUGUUUGCCGAUUUUAUCUUCAAAUACACAGAAGAGCAUUGACAGGAAUUUAUGUUAGUCAAACACUUCAAGCAGCCGGUGUGCUGUAUAUAAUAACUUCUCUCUUGGCAAAUGUGGAUGGAAAGUUCUUUUGGUGUUAAAUUUAUGAGGCUUUGUAUUUUUGGAAUUGAGGCUUCGUGUUGUUUCCUUUCUCAAAAGAUCAAUCUGUAAAUUAUUAACUGUUAGUUUUUGGUGGUGCUCUCCCAUAGUUUCUUUACAAUGCUUGUAUCUGGGAAUUCAUUUACUUUGUAGUUUAUCAAAUCUAUUAAUAUUUUGUGGGA